UCGCCUGUCUGGCGAAGGGGGCGCGGCCGUGGGUCCUGGGUGGAGCGGUGCGGCCGACUGGAGCGCGGCGUGGUUGCCGCGGUGGUGUCCUGGGUAGCGGCGUCCCGGGAGCGCGUCCCGGUCAGGUUUCACCCCGCGCGCCCGGGCCUGGAUGUUCUUCCUUGCUGGGGGUCGAGCACCUCGGCUGCUCCGGCGUCGGGCUGUUUUCGGUGGUCAGGACCUCAGGUUCAACCGGCCAUAAUGACGUCAACUAAUAAAGCAAUUGAAUUACAACUACAAGUGAAACAAAAUGCAGAAGAAUUGCAAGACUUUAUGAGGGAUUUAGAAAACUGGGAAGAAGAUAUUAAACAAAAGGAUAUGGAACUAAGAAGACAGAAUGGUGUCCCUGAAGAGAAUUUACCUCCUAUUCGAAAUAAGAAUUUUAGAAAAAAGAAGAAAGGUAAAGCUAAAGAGUCAUCUAAACAAACCAAAGAUGAAAACACAAAAAACAGGAUAAAGUCUUAUGAUUAUGAGGCGUGGGCAAAACUUGAUGUGGAAAGUAUUCUUGAUGAACUUGACAAAGAAGAGACUACCCAUGAUUCUCUGUCUCAAGAAUCAGAGUCAGAAGAAGAUGGAAUUCAUGUAGAUUCACAAAAGGCCCUUGCUCUAAAAGAAAAGGGCAAUAAGUACUUCAAACAAGGAAAAUAUGAUGAAGCAAUUGAGUGCUACACCAAAGGCAUGGAUGCCGAUCCUUAUAACCCUGUGUUGCCAACAAACAGAGCUUCAGCACACUUUAGAAUGAAAAAGUUUGCUGUUGCUGAGUCUGAUUGUAAUUUAGCAAUUGCCUUAAAUAGAAGUUAUACAAAGGCUUAUGCAAGACGGGGUGCUGCUCGAUUUGCUUUGCAAAAAUUAGAGGAUGCCAAAAAAGAUUAUGAAAAAGUGUUAGAACUGGAACCAAAUAACUUUGAAGCAACAAAUGAACUCAGGAAAAUUAAUCAGGCUUUAACCUCCAGAGAAAACUCACACCCAAAGGAAGCUGACACAGUGAUUAAGUCAACCAAAGAAGAGAAGAAGCAAGUUGAAGAGCAACAGAAUAAGCAGCAGGCCAUUUCAGAGAAAGAUCUGGGUAAUGGAUUUUUCAAAGAGGGAAAAUAUGAAAGAGCAAUUGAAUGCUAUACUCGAGGAAUAGCAGCAGAUGGCACUAAUGCCCUUCUUCCAGCUAACAGAGCCAUGGCCUAUCUGAAGAUUCAAAAAUAUGAAGAGGCUGAAAAUGACUGCACACAAGCUAUUUUAUUAGAUGGCUCGUAUUCUAAAGCUUUUGCCCGAAGAGGAACUGCGAGAACAUUUUUGGGAAAGUUAAAUGAGGCCAAACAAGAUUUUGAAACUGUUUUACUUCUGGAACCUGGAAAUAAACAAGCAGUAACUGAACUUUCCAAAAUUAAAAAGGAAUUAAUUGAGAAAGGACACUGGGAUGAUGUCUUUCUCGAUUCUACUCAAAGGCAAAACGUGAUAAAACCCAUAGAUAAUCCACCUCGUCUUGGAUCAACUGAAUCACUAAAGAAGGUUAUUAUUGAAGAAACUGGUCAUUUGGUGCAGACUGUUGAUGUGCCAGAUAGCACUACUGCUCCAGAGAGUAAUCCUGUUAAUCUAGCAAAUGUAGUAGCAACCACAGGCACUGCAAGUAAGAAGAGUUCCAGCCAAGAUGACCUUUUGCCCACAGGUGAUAUUCCAAAAGCAAAAGUAUUGAAAACAGAAGAAAUCAGUGACACUUCAGCCCAGCAACCUCAAGUUAAUUUGAAACAGGAUGUAUGUCAGUCUUUCAGUGAGAAGAUUUCUAUAGAGGUAGACAAAAUACCUGCUCAGUUUAUCACAACUGUUCUUCCUCCAGUUCCUGCAAACUCCUUUCAGCUUGAAUCUGAUUUUAGACGACUGAAAAGUUUUCCAGAUAUGUUAUAUCAGUAUUUGAAGAAAAUUGAACCAGCCUUAUAUCCUAAGUUGUUUCAGAAAAAUCUAGAUCCAGAUGUAUUCAACCAAAUCAUUAAAAUUCUACAUGACUUUUACAUUGCGAAAGAAAAGCCAUCACUCACCUUGGAAAUUUUACAAAGGCUUUCUGAACUAAAAAGGUUUGACAUGGCAGUGAUGUUUAUGUCAGAGCCUGAGAAAAGAAUUGUACGUGUAUUAUUCAAUCACAUAGAGAAAUCAGGAUUGAAGGGUAAUUCCAUUGAAGAACUCAAGAAAAGAUAUGAUGGUUGAUUUCCAUUUUUAUUGAAAUUAUUGUCUGACUUUCACAUGUGCAUUUUUUCUAUUGAAAUAAAGUGUUUUGUUCUCUUUUUAAGAAAAUGAAAUCACAGGAAAGUACAAUCUUUGGAUAUAAGUUAAUUAACUAUAAAGCGAAUUGAGGUUUAAGUGGUAAGAAAUAUAUUCAAGUAAACUAUAAGUCUUUUUCUGAAAAUAAAAAUAUAAAUGAGGUAUACUUGUAAAGAUCAGUAUUUUAUAAGUCAUCUACAAUGUUUGACAUAGAUACAUUUUUCAGUAUCUGUAGAUACAUUUUAUAUUUUUGUGAGUUUUGCAACCACAAUGACGAGGUUGCUUCGUUAGCACAUGAGUAAAGUUGUAUUUGUAUGGAGGGAGUUGCGCAGGUAACUAGAUUGGUUCUUUCUAAGAUACUAAGGCUUUCUAGUAUUGUUGUGCCGAGACUUUUUCGUAUCGUGCUGGUUCACUAGCAAAAUUACUUAGUUGCAGGAUGUGUAUUUUUAGUUUUUAUGUUGAAAGGAAACUUUUAACUGGACUUUUUAUAUUGGUUCAUUGAAGAGUCACAACAUCCUUAGACUUAAUGCUUCAUUUUUUUUCCUGUUUGUAUCCACGUCAUAUGUUAACUAAAGGCACAUAAUCUGAAGCAAAACAAGGUGUAAAAAUAUUAAAGACUAGCAAUGUUUCCAUGGUAAUCACGUGUAGUGUGCAUGUGCGGUGUGUGAGUGUGGCAUCAGGAAGCCUUUGAGAGCAGGGCUGGUGCUCUGCUCGUCCCUGUGCAGUGCUACCCCAGUUAGGUGCUCAGUUGAUAUUUAUAUGAUUGCACGUAAUUUGACAGCAGGACUCAAUUUUAGUGACUGUUAAAGGAUCAGCCUAGCAAAUUUUGGGCAUCCUGUCAAUGUUGUUAAAAUCAAUUUUAGAGGCUGUCAAGUUGUUAAAAAAAAUACUAGGUCACCAUCGCAUAGCUGUUACCAGAAUCAACAAUACAGUCAAAUUUAAAAGUUUAUUUUAUACUCUUGAUAAUUUUUGUUGCAUCAACAUUAUUAUGCUUACAGUUGCUGGAAUAAUCAUAAUGUAUUUGCAAAGGUAAUUUCUCCAGAAUAAGUUAUUGAAAUGAUCAAAAUUUGUAUAGCCUGUGUUUUUGCAAUACACUUAGGAUAGAAUUUCUUAAUGUUAUGCAUUGCUAACUGUAUUGUCUUUAUGGUAAAUGACAGACAAUGAAAUUUAGCCUUUUAUGUGUAGCUUAUACAUGAGUAUUGAGUUACAAAUGACCUGAAAUUUUCUCAAAUCAUUAGUAAGAAGUUGACUUAGAUCAGCAAUUUUCAACCUUUUUUAUCUCAUGGCACAUGUAAACUUUUUAGUAAGAUUCUGCAACACACCAAAAAAUAUAUUUUUUGCUGAUCUGACAAAAAAUGGUAUACUUUUGAUUCCUUUACACUGGCUGGCUACUGUUGUGUUGGUUGUUGUCAUUUUUUAAAUUUCAUAAUCUAAAGGAAAAGAGGUCAGUGCCCUGACCAAAUAGUCAGGUAUUUCUUGUUGGAAAAGUCCUGGUGGCACACUGGUUGAAAUCACUGAUCUGGAUGAGUAGAAGAGUAUUCCAAGGGCAAAAAAGUUCUCAUAUUUUCUUACGUGAUCCUUAGAAGAAACUUCCAAGGUAGAAGGGCAGGUAGUUUGAUUGCCAUUUUUAACGUGAAUAAAGGAGAUUCAGAGUAAACGUUUCCGUGAUUACAGAACCAAAAUAUAGUAGAGCAGGUUGAGAACAUGCUGUCUUCUAACUAUUAAUCUAUAGCUGUUCGAACUACUCCAGUUGGAGUAUUUAUGUUGUGUUAUCUGUGUAGUGACUUGUCCUGAAAAAGUAUAUAAAUCCCAAGAUUUGCUUUAUAAUUUACAUUAAUUUUUUUUUGAUGUUAGCCUGCUUUUUAUUAUUAGCUCAGGGGCUCAUCAUUUAGCUGUUGCAUCCAUGCCGCAUUCUCCUCUAACUGGUCUGUGUUCCCAGCUACACUACCACAGAUCAGCUCCUUAUCGCCACUGGAAUGAACUUAAAACUCAAGUCACAUGUCACUUCUUUGCUUAAAACACUUCAAUGGCUGCCCAUCACUUUCAGAAAACUGGCUUCUUAAUGUAGAGAAGGCCCUUCAUGAUCUGGUUCCCACCCCCUCACCUAUCUCCCAACAGCCAGGUCCCCGCAAGCGUCCUGCUGCCUGCAAAUCCCUGGUUGUAUCCUGUUCUCAGAUCCCUCCAGCCUGGGCUGUUCUCUGCCUGGACCCUGCCCACCUGGAUCUCUCUUUCUCAUCCUUCAUGUCUGAGCCUAGACAUCUCUCCUUUGGGGAUGCCUUUCUCCAUCCCACUAGGUGAGCUGUGUCCUGCAUCUUGGGCUUCUGUGAUUGUAUUUGUCCCCUUUAUAAUAGAUUCCCCUUCUAGUCUCUGAGAUCCUCGAAGGCAGAGGCUGCAGCUUUAAUUUUUAUAUUUUUAACAACUCACACAGUGCCUGGCAUAUACUAUAAUGCUGCUGAAUUUAAAAUUAAGUCCAGAAAUCAAAAAGACCUUUGUGAAACCAUACAUUCCAAUAUUAAGUUCAUAAGACCAUCACUAUCCUACAAAAAGUGUUCAUUGAUGAUGUGGUAAGUGUGGAUUCAGUGGGAACUAAAAUGAGUCUUUAUAUCAGUGGGGUGACGAACAUGCAUUCUGUUUUCACGGGGUGGCUUUCCAAAGCAUGUUACUUGGCACAUAAUAUAAAGUUAAAUAAUAGCUGAGUACAUGAAUUCAAGCAUUAUACGAGGAGAUGGAGUAUCCGGAUGAAGAGUUUUAAAUUUGGCUCAAAGAACUUCACUGAACAUUGGAGACCUUUUCAUCCUCAGUGGGGAUUAUUUAAUUCUACUGUGUUCAGAUAGUUUCCGACCCCUCCCCCGCACCAAACAGCUCUUAAGGGGAACAGGCAUUUCUGUUUCUCCUGUGGAACUCCUGUUGGUCAUAGCAAUUCAAGCAGCCUUAGUGAUUGAUACAGCUGCCAUUUAUAUGCCCUUUACUGUGUGGUAGGCACUGUGCCCGCGGCUUGGCGUGUAUCUCCAUUCCAGAAACAGGCUCUGAGACAGAAGUUGCCCUGUGGAGCCCGGAGUCAGGCAGAGGUUUGUCUGACAGGCUCUCAGGUGCUUCCUUCUACAGCACUGUCAGCGAGAAGCUGGAGAAGCAGCCAGCAGCUGGCAUUUCUGUGGUAUUACUGCCCUCCUCUGGAUCUUUUAAAAAUAGCACAAUGUGCCUGAAAGCAUGCUGAUGAGAAUCAAAGUGAAAGUGAGUUUUAAUUUCUUAGCAGUGCUGUUCAGUAUCCAUAGAAACCAUCCAGCUGGUCUAGCAGGCACGAAGGUGUGUGUCGUCCUUGGUCACAUGGUCAGGUAUGGAAACCUGGGAAGAGAAGAUGGUGAGAGGAGGGAGUGUGGCCGACAGUCCUGCCUGAGUUCAGUCAGCUGCAGACAGGUCCUGGAGGCCUCCUCUGCCCUUCCCCACGAAGGUCGGAUCGGGCAGUUGGGACACGGGAAAGGAAUUCGUGUUUAUUUGGGCCCUGCGCUGAGCCCGAUUCACUCUGGCCUGCUGUAGUUGCCUGAUCGCACUGGGAGGCUGUGAGGUCGGCAGGGGAGCGUCACCUCAAAGUCAGUGCCCAGCCAUGGCCAAGUCAGAAGCUCCAUCUUCCUACACCAAAAAAAAGAGAAAAGCCCCUUUCGAGUGCGUUGCAGGGUCUUUCUAAGGACAUGGAGGGUGUUGUGUGAGGGAAAUUCCUCCUUCAGUACUUUAGUGCGCGGGAUCUGGGUCCAAAAUAAAUGUCAGACUGGACUUUGAAGAGGAAGAGAUGUCACAAAAAUGCAGUCACAAAGGCCAAGAGGGAGGGGGUGUACAGUUAUGUGUGCGUGUGUGUGGUGGGAAAUGGCUAAGAGCCUGUAGGGUACUUGGGUCUGUUUACUUUUUUAAAAAUCAGUAAUUUUACAGAGUUUUUAUUUACUGAUUUUAGAGAACUUGGGUCUUUAACUGGUACACAGAGAUUCCUGUUUCUCUUCUGCUUUCCCCCCCUUCCCCAUUUCUGUUGUCAAUAAAUUGUUUUGACGUUUACUUUAUAGAGUCCAUUUAAGUAUUCGCUCUCCCUGGGAUAAUUGGAUAUGCGUGUAGCCUCAGAGCAAAAACUAGGACAUCAAGGCAGAUCCUGAAUUAGGGUGGAAUAGUGCAUUUGCUGUGACACAGGCCUGGUUGAGACUAAGAAGUGGCCAUAGUUCUGUGGUCAUUAGUUUGAUAUCCCAAAGAUUAUGCCAUGUUUAAUCCUCUGUUUUCUACUCUUUGUACCAAGCUUUUUGUGAGGCUGAACAUCCUUGAAUUCUUUGUGAUUAGUUACUGCUCAUUGGGCAGGUGAUAGCUUGUUAGGAUUGCGAGAGAACCAAAAGACUCAUCUAUUUAUGACUCAGCAAUAAAUAGAGAAAACUGACAUGCCAGUCCGGUCCUCUAGCUACUGGCCUGAUUAUAGCACUAGGAGCCUUU